AUUACAGCUUCACAUGUACUUGGGCUUUUUCUACUGAUGUCCAACACAAAAUAGAUAUUCCAAAAAGUAUUCAGCCGGUACCUCUGUGACAUAACAACAGUCUUUCUUUGAUACAAGAUGGAGGACACAUACAAAGAUAGGACUUCACUAGUGAAAGGAGCCAAAGAUAUUGCCAAAGAGGUGAAGAGACAAGCAGUUAAAAAAGUAAAUAAAGCUGUUGACAAAGCCCAGGAUGGUUACACACAGAGGUCCUACAAUCGAUUCCAGGAUGAGGAAGAUGACGAUGAUUACUAUGUCCAAGGAGGAAAUUAUGGUGUAGAAGCUAAUGAUGAUGAAGGAUCAAGUGAAGCAACUGAAGGACAUGAUGAAGAUGAUGAAAUUUAUGAAGGGGAGUAUCAGGGAAUCCCCAGCAUGGGGCAGGAAAAGGAUGACGUGGUGGCCUUAGGUCAACCUAUGCAUGAUGAAUAUAAGGAUCGCCAUGAACUGGAAACAGAGAGAAAAGCUGAUGAAGAAGAGCUAGCACAGCAAUAUGAAUUAAUAAUACAAGAAUGUGGCCAUGGUCGUUUCCAGUGGGCCCUCUUCUUUGUGUUGGGAAUGGCCCUGAUGGCUGAUGGGGUGGAAGUUUUCGUAGUUGGAUUUGUGUUGCCAAGUGCAGAAACAGAUAUGUGUAUACCGAAUUCUGGAUCAGGAUGGCUUGGUAGCAUAGUGUACCUUGGGAUGAUGGUGGGGGCAUUCUUCUGGGGAGGCUUGGCAGACAAGGUGGGAAGGAGACAGUCACUCCUGAUAUGUAUGUCUGUCAAUGGAUUCUUUGCCUUCCUUUCAUCAUUUGUCCAGGGCUAUGGCUUCUUCCUCUUCUGUCGCUUGUUUUCUGGAUUUGGGAUCGGUGGAGCACUGCCAACAGUCUUCGCCUAUUUUUCGGAAGUGCUUGCUCGGGAGAAACGAGGUGAACACCUGAGCUGGCUCUGUAUGUUUUGGAUGAUUGGUGGUAUUUACGCUUCUGCAAUGGCUUGGGCAAUAAUUCCUCAUUAUGGAUGGAGUUUCAGCAUGGGAUCUGCCUACCAGUUCCACAGCUGGCGAGUAUUUGUGAUUGUCUGUGCACUGCCCUGUGUCUCUUCUGUGGUAGCCCUGACCUUUAUGCCGGAAAGCCCACGGUUCCUGCUGGAGGUUGGAAAACAUGAUGAAGCUUGGAUGAUACUCAAGCAAAUUCAUGACACAAACAUGCGUGCUCGUGGUCAGCCUGAGAAAGUCUUCACAGUUACCAGAAUCAAAACACCAAAGCAGAUAGAUGAGCUCAUAGAAAUAGAGAGUGAUACUGGAACUUGGUACAGGAGGUGUUUUGUAAGAAUCCGCACAGAGCUGUAUGGUAUUUGGUUGACGUUUAUGAGAUGCUUCAACUACCCGGUGAAGGAUAAUACGAUCAAACUUACGGCUGUAUGGUUCACCCUGUCUUUUGGCUACUAUGGCUUAUCUGUCUGGUUUCCUGAUGUCAUUAAACAUCUGCAGUCGGAUGAGUAUGCAUCCCGAGUGAAACAUUUCCGCAAUGAGGAGGUUUCACACUUUGUCUUCAACUUCACACUGGAAAAUCAGAUUCACAGCAAUGGAGAAUACAUCAAUGACAGGUUUAUUAUGAUGAAGUUUAAAUCGGUAACAUUUGAAGAUUCACUUUUUAAGAACUGUGUGUUUGAAGACAUUACUUCACUGAACACAUACUUCAGGAACUGUACUUUUGUGAAUACCACCUUCUACAACACAGAUCUGGAGCAGUAUAAAUUUGUUGACAGUGAAUUGAUAAAUUGCACAUUUUUUCACAUCAGGACAGGAUGCCAGAUUUCUUUUGAUGAUGACUACAGUGCCUACUGGAUCUACUUUGUUAAUUUCCUGGGAACUUUGGCAGUGUUACCAGGGAAUAUUGUGUCUGCUCUCCUGAUGGAUAGAAUAGGACGGUUAACGAUGCUAGGUGGUUCCAUGGUCCUUUCUGGCAUCAGCUGUUUUUUCCUGUGGUUUGGGACCAGUGAAUCCAUGAUGAUAGGUAUGCUGUGCCUCUACAACGGCCUCACCAUCUCAGCGUGGAACUCUCUAGAUGUCAUUACUGUGGAGCUGUAUCCUACAGACAGAAGGGCAACAGGCUUUGGCUUUCUGAAUGCACUAUGCAAAGCUGCAGCUGUACUUGGAAACCUAAUAUUUGGUUCCCUUGUUGGUAUCACCAAAGCAAUCCCUAUUCUUCUUGCUUCUACUGUUCUGGUAUGUGGAGGUCUGGUAGGACUUCGGCUUCCUGAUACAAGAACACAGGUGUUGAUGUAAACGGGAAAAAUGGGAAAAACAUUUACUAUUUAUUUCCUUCUUUGUACAAAUGUCAACUCUCCUGACCAAUGGUGCAAAGGCUUCAGAUUCUCAACAUAGAGUACAGUGCUCAAAUGUCAGAUAUCAAACUCGAAAGAUACUUUGGAAUAGCAGAGAUUUAGAAACCUCUGUAUGAAAAUUUAAAUUUCACUUUUGUUUGCUUGCAUACAUUAAUGUUCAAAACCAUUUAACUUCAAACUGUAAAGCUACCUCUUAAAACAGUUUUGGUGACAUAUCCAUGAAGGUAAAAAAUAUACUGAUUACCAGAUAUUUAAAAUGAAAGCAGUCACAUUGUUUAAAAAUCACAUGCUAAAUUUGGCCAUGGCAUUGUGAGCUUUUGUAAUAUACAGA